AUGAAUGUGGGGUCUGCACCUCCGCCGUUUUCCUGCGAGAUUAUCCAAUGGAUCGCAUUGUUUCUGAAAAUGAAGAUAUGCAAGUUAGAAAAAAAACAGAAAACGAUAGCAAAUUUCAAAAACGACGUUGAUAUUCUGCUACUGAUUUUGUCAAUCACUGCGAAGAUCCGUUCUUCACAUAUUCCACAGAUACAACGCCAAAUUAGAAGACCAACUACGAGGCUUGGAAAUGAAUACAUAUAA